UAGGCGACUGUUUCCAGCAGCCAUUUUGCCGAGAACUUGCCGUCCGUGCUCGCGCGGGAGCCGAGCGCACGCAAUGUCGCAGCCAGACUUUCCAGGCCGCACACGCGCUUCGAAAGAGCGCUCAGACAGUGAGGACUCGCCGGAGCCUCACGGAACUCGUCGCACCCCGGGGCGCCAGGAGGAUUGCGGGUGCGCCUCGGCCUGCGAUAGGCUGUGUCGCGCACGUGACGCCACGGCGCCCCCCACACACACACCUUCGCCGUCCCCCUGCCCACGAAAAUACCCACGACAGACUCUCAACGCCUCGCGCAGAGUUCACGAUACUGGGAGCGUGGGGACGAACGGAGCGCGUGGCAAACGAGGCGCCUGCGCGUACCUGCCGAGUGGACGGGAGUCGAGCCACACCGCGCCGCUCCGGGGUCCCGGGACCGUCGCGCUGCCGGACCACCCGCCUGGUCAUUGGCCGCCAGGCCGAGUCACGUGCUGCUCGCAGGCCCGCCCACAGCCGCUAAUCACCUGGCACGGUGCUCGAAGCGGCACCGAAAGUGGCUUGCACGCGCAAGGGGAGCGUGGUCACUAGACCUCCUUCUGCCCUUUACGGGGUGGCAUCCGUAACGGGGAACGAAGAAAGCAGGGUCCUAAAACUAAGGACGCUCACACCUACCAGCUUAACUUCGCCUGCCCCUCCAGGAGCCGUGAACCAUCGCCCUUGGGCGCUCCCCGUUGCACGCCGGGAUGCGUCUGGCGCCCCUCAGUGUGCUGCAGAGCAUGCCGGGAAAGCCACCUCUCCCGUUUUCCUGGCUGUCACCUCUCCGGCUUUGCACUGGUGUCCCUCUGAAAGCCGGUCCCAAGACGAGACGGUUUGGGUAAUUACCAGACUGUGACGGUACACCAGGCACUUCCAGUCCCUCCUCCCCUACUUGUUUGAUCUGUGUGUUUUUAGGAAAACCGCUAAGCCUUCCUUCGUGAAGCGGUGCCUGUUGACUUUGUGAAUAUUGUAGAAAAAUAGCGAGAAUGUUUACCUACAAGAACCACCAGUCUUUCGUGGUCAAUGGACAAGAACGAUAACUUGAAUACUGUUUACCACAAUCUCUGCUUAAGAAUAGUUGUAAUUCUUAGAAUUUAUCUAGGAAUAGCCAACAUUUUGCAAUAUGCUUAUUGUGGGGAAAAGGGAGUAGAGUUGUUUGGUUUUGUGUUGCUGUUUUUUUGUUUUGUUUAAAAUCGACAGCAUGUUUGGUAAACCAUAUAUAAGACAUUGGAACUACAAAAAAAAAAAGUGCUAACACUAAGAAAAGGUGGUCUUACAUUACAACUAGUUGGUUUUGAAGGACAUUACAAAUUUAUCACUGAGCCAAACCUAGUAUUCUACCCACAGUGAAGUCCCGGCAUAAAAUUAUUCGCACCUUAUCUGCUUUGAGCUAUACUUGCCAACUUGAUGAUGUCAAAACUUUUAUAAGUCUCAAAGGCUGAUCAGCUUGAAAAAUAUGACGAGUCCUCCUCUGAUUCUCACAAGCUCAUGUUUAUAGACUAAAGGUUGGUUAAUAAGUGUAUGAAGAAAAAAGGCCAGAACCUAAAGAAUAGGGCAUACUCCUGGGUAAAAGGUACUUUAUCUUUCUAAUUAAAUGUUAUAAAAAUAAUUUCUGACUAAGAAACCAAAGCAUUAAAUAAAAUGUACAAUGUGAUAUUUGUUAAACUUGAAGCUUAUAAAAAUCCCAGUCUCCCCCCACCCCACCCCCCUGCCACCUUGGUUUUUCAAGACAGGGUUUCUCUGUGUAGCCCUGGCUGUCCUGGAACUCACUCUGUAGACCAGGCUGGCCUCGAACUCAGAAAUCCACCUGCCUCUGCCUCCCAAGUGCUGGGAGGCACCCGGCUCCCAGUCUUCUUUAUAGUUAAUUUUAGCAACAACUCUGACAGAAAGCUACUAUACUUAUAUUAGCAUCACUCAAUGUUCUGUGGAAAUCAGAGAAAAUAUAUUUUAAUAUAUUCUCUAGGCAAAUUGAUGAAUUGGAUUUAAGAUCCUCUGUCCAGCGCUAGAGAUGUAGCUCAUUUGGUAGAGUAAUUGUCUAGCAUGUACAAGCCUUAAGUUCAGUUCUCUGCACCCCAGAUAAGCCAUGUACAGUGGCACACAUCUGUAAGCCCAGCACUUAGGCAGAAGCAGGAAGGUCAGAAAUGCUAUAUCAUCCUUAGCUCCAGCCAGUUUCAGGCCAUUCGAAGAUAUGUGACACCUUACCUCAAAAAUAGAACCUAUGGGCUAUAAUAGAGUCUUAAAAUCUGAAUGAUGUGGGCUGGAGAGAUGGUUCAGUGGUGGAGGGCACUGACUGCUCUUCCAGUGGACCCAGGGAAUCCCAAUACCCACAUGGCAACUUGCAACUGUAUGUAACUCCAAGAUCUGACACCUUCACACAGACAUGGAUGCAGGCAAAAAACAAUGCAUAAAAAUGAAAAUAGAAUGUUUUUUAAAAUCUGAUAAACUUGAACAGCUUGUGAUUCUCUCCCUGGGAUAUGACUAUGAAGAUAUUUUGGAAUUUUUUUUUAUGUCCAGUUCCUUUAGCAAAAAAACUAGGGACACUCUUACCUAUUAUUUGGAUUGUCAGAAUUAUUUUGAGGAAAAAAAAAAGAAUACCACUCAUAGUUCAUAAUUAUAAAACAUUCUAAAAUGUCAUAGUAAUUAUUAGGGUUACAUUUGAACUACAGCCCUGUUCUCUUCCAGUACAGCAUAUUCUUUGUUUGUUUUUAAGAUUCUGUUCUUUUUGAACAGGCAUGGUGGCACAGGCCUUUAGUCCCUGCAUUCGAUGGAAGAGGCAGGCAGAUCUCUGAGAGUGUGAAGCCAGCAUGGUCUACAGAGCAAGUUUCCUAACAGCCAAGGUCUGUUUCAGAGAAAC